AUGUACAACACAUCAUAUUGUGUGAGUGUUGUCAGUUUCUCGACGCAGACGCCAAUCCUCUUUCAGUCGUGGGCACAGCGCGUGAAUCGCGUGUGGAUGUGCGUAAAAGAGGAGUGCCACCACGUGAAUGCCCCAGGUGCUCCCCACUGCGAGAUGUGUAACGCUGAAAAGCCGAACCUCAAGGGGUGGCUCUGUGUAGAGUGCGGGACACGUAAUCACAAAGGGGUGAAGAAGUGCCACAAGUGCGCCGCCGCCGCUGAGGAUAGCAAAGAUUUCUGGAUGUGCGCGGCCUGUGAAAAAAAUAACCGCGUUGACGACCUCGACGAUAACAGUCGCUGUGGGUACUGCGGGUACGACAUGGCCCCCAUGACGAUGACAGAGGCGGAGGCGCUCAGGAUCCAGCAGGAACAAUCAGCCCGUCUUCGUGAGGCGCAGGAGCAGUUCGACAGCAUUACUGCCAAUGACGCCGACGAGCAGUUUGGCGACGAGACGGCCGGCGCCUCCAGCCUCCCUGACGCCUUGCGACAGCCGCCGGCGACAGCCCCGCGUGUGGUGCCCAUCAAUAUACCAGACGUAAAGAGCUUCGCGCCGGCACAGCCGGAAACAUCGCACUCGCGCAUUUUCAAGAAGCCAAAGCGUUCAUUGCCGCUAGGGACACCCAUAGGGCCGCCUGGUUUUGAUUGGAUGUGCCGUGAGCCCGAAUGUGGCACCAUCAAUCCUGGUGACGAGGAGUGUUGCUCCAAGUGCGGCACACACAUUGCACCUGCCGAAUGGGAGUGUUGUCAUUGCGGUGCAAUGAAUCACUUGAGUCGUGCGAAGUGUUUCAACUGUCACAUCACGAUUCCAGUCUCAUGGGUUUGCUCAUCCUGUAGAACGGCGACGAGCAUCUACGAUCGCGCCUGCCGUCAAUGUAAUGAGGCGCGCCCCCAAACCGAGCCGAAGGAUGCACGUGACGUUUGUACAACACGAAAUUCUUUUGCUCGUGGUGGUGGUGGUGGAAGAAGGCAGCGGAUGCAGCGGCAGGAUUGGCACUGCGUGGAGUGUCAAGGUCUCAACUUUGCGUCACGCACGGCUUGCUAUCAGUGCGGCGCCCCACGUGGAAAUUCGGAUGUGCCGCAGGCUACCGGUAGCGAGGAGCCGGCGCCUGAACUCUCCGUCAGCCACAACAACUGGUUCUGUCGCUACUGCCAGGCGAGCAACUUCCGCACGCGUACAACAUGUUGGCAGUGUAGCCGUGCUUCUUCGGAGUCGGGUGCGACAUCGUGGUCGGAGGACGACUCCACACCGCACUUUGAGAAGGAGGGGUUCCAACAAGGUGUGAGUGACGCUGUGGCGGAUGGUCAAGUUAGCGUGUGGGGCAAGAAGAGCGAUGACUGGACCUGCGGAAAGUGUUUCUCCAAGAACUUCAAAAACCGGCAAGAGUGCCAUAAGUGUGGCGCAGCGAAGACCGUUGCAGUGUCUCCACGCCGAGCCUUUGUUCGCAAACCAGUCAAGAUAUGA